AUGGACUUCUUCCGGCGGCUACAGAAUUCCUAUCCUCCUCGCCCGUCUCCUCUCGGGAGCCAAGAGUCGAAGGAGGAACGACCUCGUUCCUAUCCAGCAAACGACCGUCGCGAAGACAACCCACGACCGUCCACGCGCUAUGAGUAUCAAUCGCCAAGCUCUUCCGCUCAUGUUCUCACGGGCGCAUCACGAUCAUCACAUCCUUUACGCGAAAGCUUGAGCGCUCACACUUCUCCUACGCGCAAUGCCAACCCCCAUCCACACCGACGCCAUGCCAGCUUAGAAAAUCGGGAUCACCCUCAUAUACAUCGGCGGAAUACGUCACAGCCACAGUCUAGAAAUGGACGAGAAGGGCAACAAGAACCUUCGGCAUCUCCCACGGUCGGCACUCGUCAAAUGCCUCCUCCAUCUCCCCCUCACCCCUAUGGCUCGCGAUCCCAGUCGGUAAACGCGCCUCCAUCCCUUCUCGCUCGCGAUGCGCCUAGCAACCAGCCACACCGUCCGGGCAGCAGCAUGUCAAUUUCCGCCAUGCUAGGCUCUGAUCCCGAGCGCCCGGCGCGGGACGCUGGAUCUUCGCUGUUCUCACGCCCCUCUACAUCGUCCAUUUUUGGCACCGCGCCAACAUCAAGCGCUGCGGCUAUGUCGCCGCCCACGGCCCCAGCGCGCCCGUCGCCGCUAGAUCAAUCGCUAUUCCGUCGAUCGCAGACCCCAGAGAAGACUUUCUCGAAGCCCCCAGUGGCCCGACCUUACCGAUCUGGCUCGGGCGGAGGAUCAAGCCUUCUGGGCGCAGAACAGUCUAAAUUCGGGGGCCUUACACGUGUUCCGCCGUCCCAAUACCCCGAGAAACCUCACUCGACGCAUCCUUCGCCUCAAGUUUCGCCCGCGGACCUCCCUUACGAGCCCCGUCGAAUGAGCUUCAGUGGGCCAAUCGCUCGGCCCAAUAGCCAACCUCCCAAUGCUGAGGCGCCCACGCGUCCCCCAGAUCGGUUCGACUCGGGCCCGCGGGCUUCAUCUGCAUCUUAUGGAGGUACCGAGGCCCAUGCGCGCGAACCCCAUAAUCGAUACAGUGGGCUUUUCGGUGAUCGGCGCUCUGAAGAAGCCGCCCGUGAUCGGGAGCGGGACCGAGCGUCGCAUACCUCGGACUCGAAGGCCAGCCUCGGCGGACCGACUCGAUUCGGCUCCAUUUACGGCGAACGUGAUAUGCUAGAGCGACACUCUAGUGCAUCCACAUGGGACCAAGGCCGGUCGCACCCAUCGUCUCCAGAGGCCAAGCGGUUUCCACCGCCAGAAUCAAGCUCAGGUUUUGGCUUCGGAGCCAUUCAAAGCUAUACCAAGUCUUUGGGCUCCCAGCCCGGUGGGAGUAGACAGCCACCGUCAAUUCAAACCGGGCAUGGACAGCCUCCCCUGUCUCCCCGUGGAUCCCCCUACCUUGGCAAAACGCAGACCCAGCCACAGCGCGUGAGUUCAACUCCGACCUCUGCUGCUUCCACUGGGUCUGCGUUGCUUGGUCUGGCGAGCGCUGGCGAGGAGGGCCGCCGGAAGGGCAGUGAUGAGCUCCUGCAGCAUCGUAACCUGCUCAACGUAGGCUUUAACGGAAAGCGCGGUGGCCGAGCUUCUCCGCUGCCGCAGGCUGUGCAGGGUGCGCAGGCUCCUUUCAUCAACCCAUCUGGCGAGCCUGGGAUCAAGAAUGAACUAGGCAGAGUAUUUUCUGGAAUUGGCAGCGGUGUCGGCGGCGUUGGGGGUAUGGCAACUGGAUCCACUGGUAGCGGUCCUUCUACUCCUAUGAUAUCUAGUCCAUUUAAGCGUGAUAGCGGCACCGGCCGCUCUGUUAAUGGAGAGAUUGAUGAUACCAAGAUCUCAAGGCCGCCAUCUGCGAAUGGCGCCCGACGAUCCCGGAAGUCUCGCGAUGAGGACCAGAUGGAGCUUGAAGCAGCUGGUCUUUCUGGACGAGGCCGCCGACCCCGGCAUGCCCACCAGCAUCAUAGCCAUCAUCAUCACCACCAUCAUCACCAUCGUCACAAGGCUGAGGAAGAGGUAGCCGCCUUGGGCGGUCUGCAUCGGCCCAUGUCAACUAAUCAUUACUAUGGCCGAACAUCUACCCCUGCUGAUCCUGCCGGACACCACCAUCACCACCACCAUCACCAUCACCACGCACCUCGACCAGCUACCAUCCAACCGGCGUCCCCUGUGCGGGAACCUCGCACUGUAGUCAAUAUCGAGCCGCUAGUCUCUAGCGUAGCUCACCUUCCACGGCACCACCUUGGAUCAACAUUGUAUAAUCCUCGUGUGAACCCCCCCUCUGCAAAGGCUUCGCCGGAGAGUGCCAAAUUCGGUUAUACAACUACGCCGCUUCCUCUCCCACGCCUUGAACAACGCGAGAACUGCACCUUCACAGUGCGUGUUCCCCGUUUCCGCAUUGACCACAGCCACCGCGAAGAGAUCUGCGCCCGCCGCGCAUUGUGGGGAACGGGCGUGUAUACGGACGACUCUGACCCAGUCGCUGCGGCCAUCCACUCGGGCUUUAUCCGAGGCGCCUGGGGCGAAGAUGUUGACGAAUCCAUGCUUGAUCUGGAGAUCAAAGAUGACUACCAGCAUGCACCCCGCCCCAAGGCAGCCGCUCAGAACGGUACAGAUAAAGAAGAGUCAGAGAGUGGUCCUCGUUUACCCCCUGUGCCUCCAGGAGACAAGGAUCUCCAUAUCACGUUGUUGGUCCUACCACGACUCGAGCAAUACGACUCAACUGUCUUAUUUGGUAUCAAAUCGCGCAAAUGGGACGGCCGCCAUGACGGCAUGAGCUUCAAGGUGCAUGCCGUUGACUGGGUGGACGAUGGAGUUGGACGCGGCGAGGAACGAAAUGGCGAGGCCCGGCGGAAGCGCCUGCGCACGCUGAUGCAGACGGGCCGUAUCUGCACGGGACCCGCCAUGGCGAAGAUCGAUGAACUUCGUCGGCGCGGCGUGCAGGUUACCCGGACCAUUGACGGGCAAGAACAGCCCACGCAUGUUCAACCUGUAUCUUGA